AGAGACAAGCUGGAGUUGUGUAACUACCACCCAGUGGGUGGUGCAUAUCACACGCUAUAAGUGUGGCCAAACAGGACGGUUCAACAUUAGACAAGCACCUGCAGCUGAGGGAGAUCUAUUGGAAUUGCUUAGGUGAACAUCUGGAUUCGUAUUCAUACGUACAUGCAACAUGGAAUCAAGAACUACUCUGAUCUUCAUUUUUACCUUGUGCACAUCUUUUCAUGAAGGCUGGGGGUUGCCUCUAGUGCCCCAGACUGACCUGAGCGACCCAUCUGCAACCCAUAGGGUCAGGAGCAAACGAUGCUCCUGCAACAACCAGCUGGACUCCGAAUGCCACUAUUUCUGCCAUCUGGACAUCAUCUGGGUGAACACGCCAAGUAAGACCACUGUGUACGGAUUGGGCAGUCCACUGGCUCGUCGCCGUAGAUCUACAGGCCGCUGCUUCUGCGCCAACCCUGCAGAUCGGACAUGCAAGAGCUUCUGCCACUACAGCUCUGAAAACCCUGCCAUCAUGCUGGUGCACCCAUCUGAACCUGUGCGUGAAAAAAAGGAACAACCCAAAUCUGAUCACCAGACCACACUUAAUAACUUCGAAAAUGCAAGUCCAGGAGUUCUGGUUUUAGGGAAGUCUUCCUCUCUUGGGGCUCGGUCUGACGUCAUAACCUUCCUCAGGAACUUUGUCAAGGCUAGAGCGAGGGCCAUGGAAAAGAAAUCCAAGGCUGGUAAAGCUGGCUACAGAUGAAGUCAUUACCUGGAGGAGGGAUAGGAGUGCGAGCACUUGAACAAAAGAUGACCCUUGUGCAACAUGGGGCAGCAGAACAUAUAUACGCUGCGGUCUGGAAGCGGCGUUCCUCAAGGACAGUCCUGUGGAAAGAGAGCCUUUGAAACAUGUUUGAGAGAGAUGAAGGCUUGUGAAGGAGAUCUUUGUGAGUUGAGGGCAAGUGAGACUUGAACACUGGGACAAAAGAGGGUUAGGUGUUAUCGACAGUCCUGUAAUGCAGACAGGACAGCUAAGAAGCUAUGCUAAAGCUAUCUGACAGGAUCGUAGCUAGUCCAAAACACCAAGUUUGAACAGUCAGAGAUAAAAGAGACAGAUGAAGUGCUAAUGAAAAUUUAGUUGGAAGAGCACAGAUUUUGAGAAACUGCAGUACUUCUGCUAUUUAAUGGUACCAUUGGAACCGAUCUAAAUCUAUGCAUUUAUUUUAAAUAGAGACAAAACAAUAGAAGAGUGAGAGAAAUAAUAAAUAAAAUGUUUAUAAUAUUUUAGGAUAGAUAAAAUAUGACCUAAGCUAUAUUUGAGUUAAAUAUUUACCUGAGACAAUAGUUUCAAACUGAGUGUCAAGCCAAAAUGGCUGACAUCUUGGGAUAAGGCAAAUGGAUUUUUGAACACCCAACCCAGGAGCAUUGGAAUGUUACCAACGAAAAUAUAUGGGGGUGUGAUAAGUAAUUUUCCUUCUUCUUGGCAAGGCCAGUGCAGGUUGGAUAAUGCUGGUCGUUACUUAGCUGGUGAAGAUGGUUGACCAGCAUGUUUUUUUUGUUUUGUUUUGUUUUUUAUUAAACCGAUUGCUCACAGAAGUCUUGGUUAAAAAAAGAGCAUGUUAAAAAGAGCAUGCUAACAUUCCAUGCUGGAAGCCAACAUGUAAAUUACAACAUAUACUGGUGACCAGCAAUACUUCUACAAUACUUAUUAUGUUUUCUGCAGGGAGCCCUUUCAAAAUUGUGAGAUUUUGCUGGGAAUGCAUAAGUUUGACCACUUUGUAUGGACUGUGCACUUGUUUUUCACAUCCAUCCACCUUUAACAGUUAUAUUGUUGCAAUAUGUUGUUAUGACUACAAGAUAGACAAUAGAUUUAAACUUGCCAAAAAUAGCUUAAGUACUUUCCUAUUUAUUGAAUAGCACUGGAACAUAGAGAGCUAACAAUGUACACAAGAUGUAUGCACUUUAUGGUUCAUUUUGUGCUAUUACAUAUCUUUUCAUAGUUUAUAAUUAUAAGUUACUCAAUAUGCUAGGAAUUCUGUAGAGAUAGAUUUCUCUAUGUAUAUCAGCAAUAUGGUUUUGUUGUAAUGCUUCAUUUUAAUAUAUUGAAAUGUAUAUA